CUGGAGCCUGAAUGUUGCUUUGAGAAACACACUUGUUCUUUGGCUACGAAUGGGCAACCACUUAUUGGUCUCUUUUUACCCUAAAACUCCCAGGAACCCUUUGGAGAGCAAACAUUUUGCUGAUCUUCGUGGCAAUUAUGUUGUGGCUUCUUGUCCUGCAGCUCAUUAACAGCUUCGAAGGUUUAUCAGGGUUUGAACAUGAAACGCUGUGCACCUCUAAUGCCUGCUUUACUGCACACAUGAAGAAGGAGAGGUUUGACAAGGCCAAAGAAGACUGCGACAAAAGAGGAGGAUAUUUGAUGACGAUAAGAGACCGAAAAGAAGAGGAUGUGCUGCGCUCACUUCUCUCAUUAAUAAAAAGUCAACGACAUGGGACGCUGCUUGAAUUUUGGAUUGGAUUAAAACUCAAAGAAACCGACUGUGUAUUUGCUGACCAGCCACUCCGAGGAUUUAAAUGGGUAUCUGGAAAUGAGGAAUCCCACUACUCCAACUGGAAAGAAGAACCUGACUCCACAUGCUUAGCAGAGAGAUGUGUAAAUAUUGAUUACAACUUUUCAAGUGAAAAUCACCUGAAAUGGACUGCUGUCCCUUGCAAAAAACGUAAAGCUUUUUAUGCAUGCAAGUUUUAUUUUAAGGGGAUGUGUGAACCUUUGGCUCUACUGGGGCCUGGGGAAAUAGCUUACACAGUACCUUUCUCACAAGACCCACUUAAAAGUCAACUGAAGUCAUUUCCUCAUGGAACUUUUGCUAUAAUUCGGUGUAGCGAUCAGGAGGAUCGCAUCUCUGUGUGCAAAGCUGUUAACCAUACCUACGGGUGGACUAACCUGGGCCCCUUUUGCAAAACAGGAAAGCGAAGUUGUGAAAUCAGCAAUGGUGGGUGUGAACAUUCAUGCCGUCAGGAUGCAGAUGAAAUUCGAUGCUAUUGCAGAGAAGGUUAUGAAUUGGAAAAAGAUGGACUCCGCUGCAGGAUUAAAGACUUGUGCAGUCCUGACACCUGUGAGCAUCAGUGUGUAAUGAGCGAGUCGGGAUAUUUCUGCAAAUGUCCAGUUGGCUUCGAACUGCACGAAAACCAACACAACUGCUCUGACAUUGAUGAGUGCCAAUCACAGGCUUGUAAGAAUGACCUGUGCAUAAACACACAUGGCAGUUAUAAGUGUGCCUGCAAAGUCGGCUACAAAAUGAUGGAAGGCAAAUGCAGGGAUGUUGAUGAGUGUGCACAAAGGAAAUGUGAGCACAUCUGCUUGAAUACCAUUGGAUCCUUCUCUUGUUUUUGCAAGGAAGGCUUUGCUUUAUCUGAAGAUGGCCAUUCAUGUGAAGACAUUAAUGAAUGUGUGACUGACAGCUGUUCAGGGGCUAAGUUUAAAUGUGUAAAUACUGUAGGAAGCUUCAUGUGCACCCACCUGGAGAAUGAUGGAACCACUUAUGCUCCAAAUGUGACCUUUGCACCAUUAACCUCAUCAGAUUACCCAUCUUAUGAGAAAACACAAGAAAACUUUACAGAGUCUUUAACCAGAACUACAACUGAGCACCCAUAUCCUCAAACAGAUUCACCCAUUCCAGACCCGGAGAACGUUACAAACAAGGAUCCACUGAGCAAUACAACCGUGGCCACGAGUUUCGCCAAGACAAUCAAUUCCAGGGUGAUAAUCUGCGUCCUCGGUUCAGUCAUUCCUCUUGUUGUGUUGAUUGCAAUUACUUUGUGUUUUGCAAUUUUUCGAUGCAGUCGCUCUAAAAAAGAAGUGAAGAAGAACACCACUGCAGAUGGCUACUGCUGGGUGUCCUCUGGCUUGGAUCCACGUUUAGAGAAACUAUACGAGUCCAUCUUGACUGAUGACCCAUGACCAUUUAGUGACAG